CUGUGUUUUUUCGCUGUUUCUUUUAAUCCGUCUUACUUUUGGUCUAUCUAUCUAAUUUUUUGUUUAGGUUUAUUAACAAUUGUACUGUUUUCCAAUGUACAGUGUAGCGCCAGAGUUUUCUUUACAACGCAAAAACGUAAAAUGGAUUGGCAGUAUCCGGCAAAACCAUACGAUUCAACAGUUACAGCAACAGUACUACCCAACUAUGAUUCAGAUGCAGAAAUGGCAGUAGUUAAUGUCAAGUGGACAAUACCGUUGGAAAUUGAAGCAAUUAUUAGCCGGAAACAACCGGAAUGGACUAUAUGUGAUGAACUUGGAGAAAAUUUGGAAAGUAUACACUGUGUCAACCAAACAACCAACACAUUAAACAUUCCAAAACUUAAAGUUAGAAUUACUGUGUUAAGAAAAUAUUUACAAAUUAGUGCAAAAUCUGAACGUCAAAAGCAGGUAAGAAAAGGCAGAAAAGAUUUUAAUUUGUUGUGUUGUUUUUUUUUUCAGAUCUUAAUUGCUUUAUAUUCUUGCAACGGUUAUAUACGCUUAGCAAUACAUCGUAAAGGACGGCAGAUAUUCCGUUCUAAUUCAUUUACCGGUUAUCACAGAUUUUUGAUUACUGAUGUUGUUUCCGGUUACAUAACCAUUGAUAUCAUUAACGAUGAUGAAAAAUCAAAAUAUUUUCGCAUUUGGGCAAGUACAGCACCACAAAAAAUACCUUAUCCACAACUUCCGGAAGAUACCAGCAUUAAAAUAAUGAAACGAACAUGUUCGUCGGUGACACUUCAGUGGAUGAAAUCGCAUAACACCAAAGUUCGUUAUUGCCUGUACAAACGACGUGAAGAAGCAAAAUAUAUCGAUGAAUUGAUCAGCAAUAACAGUGAUUUUUCAUUCGUGCUUAAACCGAUGUCAUCAACGGCAAAAAUUUAUGAUUAUGAAGGUGAUACAUAUAAUCCAAUAUUUGAAACAACAGUUACUGGUUUGGAAGCUGGUGCUACAUACAAUUUUGAUCUGUUGGCUCAACCGUUACAUCGAUCACACACCCAACAGUUACCCUAUCGAACAGUUUGGGCACGAACAUUGAACUGUUAG